ACUUGUAGCGAAUAGCUCCUUCCUAACAAGCUGCAGAGCUUAAAAUCUUUUUUGGACAUUUGAUUCUAUUCAGUUUAGUGUCAGACUAGGUACAUACAUACUUUGACGUGUGCUCUGAUUAUUUCACAUGUCUCCUCGUGAGAAGACUGAUACAUUCGCUAACUAAAGAAGUAACGGUGCCGAUGAAGUUCAUGAUCUGCUGGGGAUACAGACAGUUAAACAAGAGGCUUAUAGUGCCCUUCCACCUUGUUAUUGGAUUUGGUUAUGUUGCUUAACCUUCUGGGUCUACAUUUUCUCAUAAAACAAGAAGAUUGGAUUAGAUGAUCUCUGAGAACUUGCCAGCUCUAACAUUCUGGGAUCAUUGCUAGGGAAGAACUCUGGGUACCAUAAGGAACACAGCGUAUGUGAUGAUGGCUCAGAUCCUAAGAUCUCAUCUGAGAAGUGCUUCAGUGAUUCCUAACCGAAUGAAAAUGGGUCCAUAUCUUGGUGUCACAAGAACUAGAAUGAUGUCAACCCAUAAAUCCAAAAGGAAUAUGAGAGAAUAUUAUGGGCUGCUGAACCUGGAUGAAGGCUGUUCUGCAGAUGAUGUCAGGGAAUCUUUUCGUAAGCUUGCCAAGCAAUACCAUCCAGACGGUGGCUCUAGUACUGCUGAUUCUGCAACGUUUAUAAGGAUUGAAGAAGCUUACAGGAAGGUACUUUCGCACGUGAUAGAACAGACAAAUGCCAGACAGAGUAAAGUUGAAGACACAGAAGAAGAAGAAGAAAAAUUCAAAUAUAAAACACCCCAACACCGGCAUUACUUAAGUUUUGAGGGUAUUGGUUUUGGGACUCCGAGUCAACGAGAGAAGCAGUACAGGCAGUUUAGAGCAGACCGUGCAACUGAACAAGUGAUGGAAUACCAAAAGCAGAAACUGCAAAGCCAGUAUUUCACUGAUAGUGUCACUGUUAAAGAUGUAAGACACAGUAAGGAACGAAAGAUAACUCAGGCAAUAGAGCGUUUGGUGGAGGAUCUCAUUCAGGAAUCAAUGGCAAAAGGAGACUUUGACAAUCUCAGCGGGAAAGGAAAACCUCUGAAAAAAUUUUCUGGCUGUUCAUAUAUUGAUCCUAUGACUCACAACCUGAACAGAAUAUUGAUAGAUAAUGGAUACCAACCAGAAUGGAUCCUAAUGCAAAAGGAAAUAAAGGAUACCAUUGAUCAACUCAGAGAGGCAAUUUUAGUGUCGAGGAAAAAACUUGGGACUCCAAUGACAUCAGCUGAACAGAAACAGUGGAACCAAGUUUGUGAGCAGUUUCAAGAAAACAUCAAAAAGCUAAAUAAGCGAAUUAAUGAUUUUAAUUUAAUUGUUCCCCUUCUGACCAGGCAGAAGGUCCAUUUUGAUGCACAGAAAGAAAUUGCCAGAACCCAGGAAAUAUACAUGACCCUUAUAAAAACAAAAGAAGUCAAGGAUAAAAACCCAUAUAACAUUGAUCCGGGAGAAGGAGAGAAAACACCUGGAGUUAAGACCAGUUUCUUUAACUGGAUGAAUGUGUGGAAAUUUAUUAAAAUAUGACCAUCUCAAUGUUCACAGUACUGCCCCAAA